AUGCGAUUUGAAGCUAAAGAUCAACGAUCUGAAGCCGAAGAUCAAGAAGACCUGAGAGUACGAUUAGCAAUCUGGCCACGUGAUCUAGCCGAUCUGAACGCGCAUAACAAAUAUCCAGAGUUCUUCUCCUGCACACCUUUCGAAUCGACAAAACCUAGCCCCGACAAAAUUCAAAGUGUUGAUUUAAUCGAGGGUCAGUGGGGAAAAGAUGGCUCUGUUUACUGCUGGAACUUCCUCCUCGAUGGAAAAACUGCAAAUAAUAAGGUGGAAGUCGGAAUUGACAACAAAAGCAAGUCAACUACUCUCAAAACCAUACAAGGAACUCUGAAAAAAUCGUUCAAGAGCUUGAUCAUCAACAUGAAAAUUACUCCAACGACUGAACAAGGCAGCUUGGUGCACUGGACCCUUGACUAUGAGAAGCUGAACGCAAAUGUUGAGGACCCUAAAUCCAUCCUUGAUAUGGCUAUCGCUAGCUGCAAAGAUGCUGGUGUUUACCUUAACAAUAAGGCAAAGACACAAAGCUCUCGUCUGCUGCAAACUAACUGA